AUGGGCAAGGACCAGGAGCUGAUGCAGGCGGUGAAGGCGGAGGACGUGGGCACGGUGCAGAAGCUGCUGCAGCGGCCCAAGCCGGGCAAAGCCAAGCUCCUCGGGUCAGCAAAGAAAGUCAAUGUCAACUUCCAAGACACUGAUGGGUUCUCGGCCCUGCACCACGCUGCUCUCAAUGGGAACACAGAGCUCAUCUCACUGCUGCUGGAGGCCCAGGCCGCUGUGGACAUCAAGGACAAUAAAGGGAUGCGGCCCCUGCACUACGCUGCCUGGCAAGGCAAGAAGGAGCCCAUGAAAAUGGUGCUGAAAGCCGGGUCGGCCGUGAACGUCCAGUCGGACGAGGGGCAGAUCCCCCUGCACCUGGCGGCGCAGCACGGGCACUAUGACGUGUCGGAGAUGCUGCUCCAGCACCAGUCCAAUCCGUGCAUCAUGGACAAUUGCGGGAAGACGCCCCUGGACUUGGCGUGUGAGUUUGGCCGGGUCGGGGUGGUCCAGCUGCUUCUCAGCAGCAACAUGUGCACAGCCCUGCUGGAGCCCAAGCCGGGAGACACCACCGACCCCAACGGCACCAGCCCCCUGCACCUGGCAGCCAAGAACGGGCACAUCGACAUCAUCAGGCUCCUGCUGCAGGCUGGCAUUGACAUCAACCGGCAAACCAAGGCGGGCACGGCCCUGCACGAGGCAGCCCUGUGCGGCAAGACGGAUGUGGUGCGCCUCCUGCUGGACAGCGGGAUCAACGCCCACAUCCGGAACACGUACAGCCAGACGGCGCUGGACAUCGUCCACCAGUUCACCGCCACCCAAGCCAGCAAGGAGAUCAAGCAGAUGCUGCGGGACGCCUCGGCGGCGCUGCAGGUCAGGGCCGUUAAAGAUUAUUGCAACAACUACGACCUGACCAGCCUGAACGUGAAAGCCGGAGACGUCAUCACCGUUCUGGAGCAGCAUGCGGACGGCAGGUGGAAGGGCUGUAUCCAUGACAACCGGACCGGCAAUGACCGCGUGGGCUAUUUCCCGUCCAGCCUGGUGGAAGCGAUCAGCAAGCGCACAGGUUCCCGAGGGUCCGACAGCCCGUCGCAUCUGUCGCCGUCGCAGGGCGGAUCCGCUGCCACACCGGCUCCGGUGGAAGAGAUCUGGGUGCUGCGCAAACCCUUUGCAGGUGGGGACCGCAGCAGCCUGGGGAGCACAGGAAGCGUGGCCAGUGCCCGGAGCUCGGGGAGCGGCCAGAGUACGGGAAGUGGCAGCCAUGCCCUGCAUGCUGGCUCCGAAGGGGUCAAGCUGCUGGCGACGGUCCUGUCCCAGAAGGCGUCGGUGCAAGAGUCCGUGGUGGGUGAUGGGCCGGGCAAGGCCCUGGAGUCUCCUGCAGGUGCCCUGGCCAGUUCUCCCUACGCCGGGCAGCCACCCGCUGAGCAGCAGCUGAAGAAGAUAGAGCCGAUGUCAGAAGGGAAGAGCUCCGAGGCCGUGUACCAGUGGCUCUGCAAGUUCCAGCUGCAGCUGUACGCGGCCAACUUCAUCAAUGCCGGGUACGACAUCCCCACCAUCAGCCGGAUGACGCCAGAGGACCUCACCGCCAUCGGCGUGACGAAACCCGGACACAGGAAGAAGAUCACCUCGGAGAUCAACAGCCUGAACAUCCCCGAGUGGCUUCCGGAGUACAAGCCGGCCAACCUGGCUCUCUGGCUCUCCAUGAUCGGCCUGGCCCAGUACUACAAAGUCCUGGUGGAGAACGGCUACGAGAACAUCGACUUCAUCACGGACAUCACGUGGGAGGAUCUGCAGGAGAUCGGGAUCACGAAGCUGGGCCACCAGAAGAAGCUGAUGCUGGCGGUGAAGAAGCUGGCAGAAAUCCAGAAGGCCGAGUACGUCAAGUACGAGUCGGGGACCCUGAAGAAGAAAGCGCCCCAGUCUCUGGACGUGCUGGCCAUCGAGUCCCCCCAGCAGGAGAACGCCGAGUGCCAGUCUCCCAAGAUGACCACCUUCCAGGACAGCGAGCUGAGCAACGAACUGCAGGUGGCCCUCACGGGCACGGGCGAGGCACCCGAGGGCCAGGAGAAGCAGGCGAACCACGUGGCACAUAUCCGGGACGGAGCAGGCUACCGGGGCCCCUCCUCCAGGCACGUGCAUGAGAACAGCCUGAGCGGCCGGGCCAAGCACAUAAGCAGCUCCCAGGAGCUGCUGGGGGACGGGCCCAAGGGGCCGAGCGCAGCCAUGUCCAAGAGCCAGGAGUACCUGACGGAGGAGGUGAAGGAGGGGCCCCCCAGUAUGCCCAAGGAGGUCAGGCCCAUGCGGCACGGGCACACCGUCAAGAGAGCCAGCGUGCCCCCGGUGCCAGGCAAGCCCAGGCAGUCAUUCCCCCCGGCCGGAGGGCGCUUCACCCCACCGCAGACGCCCACCAAGCCGCGGCCGUCCUCGCCCCAGACGCUCAUCGUGCCCCACGCCACGGCCAAGGUCAAGCCCACGCCGCAGCUCCUCCAGCAGGCUGACCGCCCCAUGUCACCCCGGUCCCUGCCUCAGUCCCCCACCCACAGAGGCUUUGCCUACGUCAUGCCGCAGCCCGUGGAGGGCGAAAGCCUCGCCGGGUACCCACCGGGCCCCGUGGCACAAGGAGUCCCAGUCCUGCCGGUCUCGGUGCCCGUGCUGUGCCUGCCGCCGCAGAGCGGGGAGGCAGAGGAGGAGCUGGGCAGGCCGAAGAAGCGUGCGCACAGCCUGAACCGCUACGCCAUGUCCGACAGCGAGCAGGAACGGGAUGAGCUGCUGGUGCCGGACGCCGGGCCCUACGCCACAGUCCAGCGGCGGGUGGGCAGGAGCCAUUCGGUGCGGGCCCAGUCGGGCGGAGACAAGAAUGUCAACCGCAGCCAGUCUUUCGCCGUCAGGCCCAAGAAGAAGGGGCCGCCCCCGCCGCCCCCCAAGCGCUCCAGCUCUGCCAUCUCCAGCACCAACAUGGCCGACGACUUCAGCAAGGAGGGGGAAGGGGACGCACCCGGCGGGGAGGAUGAGGAGGGGCAGGAGAGUUACCGGGAGCAGCGGCGUGCGAGCGACGUGGGGGGCAGCGUGGACACAGGCAGCGCGGGCAGCGUGAAGAGCAUUGCCGCCAUGCUGGAGAUGUCCUCUAUUGGCGGGGGCGCCCGGGCGUUGGCCCUGCAGAAGCCUCACCCAGGAGGAGGAGGGAAGGGACCCGAAGGCUACUACCUGCACCCUGCUGGCGCCAUGCACCUGGCCAGCCCGGAGCAUUCCCGCGUGGCCGCCGUCCUGGCCACUGUGAAGCACAAAGACGCCAUCGGCCUGGACGGGGAGGUGGUGAACCGGCGCAGGACCAUCAGCGGCCCCGUGACCGGCCUCAUCGCGGCUGCCCGCAGGGAGCGCUCCGACAGCAUCAGGUCGGACACGGGCAAGGACGGUGGCCCGAACAGCUCGUCCGAGAACAUCCCCUUCGCCGAGGAUGGGAACCUGACCAUCAAGCAGCGGCCCCGGCAGAUGGGGCUGGCCAAGGGCGAGGCAGGGGACGGGCUGUCGCCUGCUCACCGGCACGGGGACCUGGCCAAGGUGGAGGCCAGCGCCACACUCAAGAGGAGGAUCCGGGCCAAGCAGAGCCAGCAGGACAGCGUCAAGUUCAUCCUGACCGAGUCGGACACAGUCAAGCGACGGCCCAAGUCCAAAGACAAGGAGCAGGGGCUGGAGCCGGCCCCCCUCUCCGUCUACCAGAACGGCACCGGCACCAUCAAGCGGAGGCCGGCGUCUGAGAUGAGCGGUGCAGAGACGCCCCUGCAGGGCCCUGCCGCAGGCGACAGGCAGGACAGGCUGGAGCAUGUGCCGCAGGCUGUGGGCGGGGAGCCCAAAAAGCCCUUCAAGCCGCCGGUCUCUCCCAAGCCCGUGUUAACCCCACAAGCACAGAAGGUCCCCGGGCCGCCCACACCCACUUCCAAAAAGGCACCGAUCCCCAGCCCCGGCAGCCCAGAGGUGAAGCGAGUCCACGGCACCCCACCCCCGGUGUCGCCCAAGCCCCCACCGCCCCCGACGGCACCCAAGCCCCCCAAACCCCACGCCGCCAUCCAGUCAGUGAGCGCGGGCUCCACGCCCACCCCAUCCCCUGCCAAGCAGCUCACCACCACGAUCAAGCCUUCAAGCACACCGCCUUCGCUCUGCUCGAGCCCCGCCAAGCCCUUGUCGCCCGGCGGGCAGCCCCAGCAGGUGCCCGUCAAGCCGCCGCGCUCCUCCAUCGCCGGGCCCUCGACGGAGAGCGCCAGCCCCGAGACGGCACACCAGAAGCUGGAGGAGACCAGCGCCUCGCUGGCGGCUGCCCUGCAGGCCGUGGAGGAGAAGAUCAAGCAGGAGGACGGGCAGGCAGCAGACUCUGCCGCAGAAGCGAAGAGCACAGUCAGCAUUCUGGACGACAUCGGCAGCAUGUUCGACGACCUGGCCGACCAGCUGGACGCCAUGCUGGAAUGA